CGAUCUCACAGGCUCUACUCGUCAAGGAUUUUGGUGGACGUUCAGACUUCAUUUUUGGAAUAAUUCUUACAAAGUUUACCACCUAGUCAGAGAACCUAUAGAGCUAUGGCAUCCGAAAUCAGCUCAGAGCGAAAACCCCGCGUCGUCGCCCUCGGAAACCCAAAAUACAUUAGUGAUGAGUACAUUGAAGACUUCAAGAAGGAUUUUGAUUAUGAUGUCCUUGAUGCCAGUAACCUCCAAGAAGCUCUAGAAAAGCUGCCUCUCAUGCUCAAGCAACACGGCCCAAUCGACGCCUUCAUCGUCAGAAUGGGCAGAGCUCCUUAUCGCCCCUUCCAAGAUAUUUUCAAACUUCUCACGCCUCACUGCAAGAUUAUCACCUCGGCCGCAGCCGGUUACGAUGAUUUCAAUGUCGACUGGUUAACCCAAGAGAGAAUUUGGCUCUGCAACAGCGUAGAUGCCGUUGCUGAAGCUACCGCCGAUAUGGCUCUCUUUCUCAUCCUAGCUGUUGUUCGAGACACAUACCGCGGUGAGCGUUCAGUACGUGAUGGCAACUGGAGAGGUCCUGUUGUUCCGAGUAGAGAUCCUUCAGGCAUGACGCUCGGAAUCAUAGGUAUGGGUGCUAUUGGAAAGUAUCUUGCCAAGCGAGCUGUUGCUUUCAACAUGCGUAUCAAGUACUACAACCGUCGACAAUUGAACGCAGGUGAAGAAGCAAAGUACAGCGCUACGUAUUGCUCAUCCUUGCACGACUUACUCUCCCAAUCGGAUGUCAUCUCGGUCAACUGUCCUUUGAGUAAGGAAACAGAGAACCUUAUCUCGACGAAAGAAUUCGGGGCCAUGAAAUACGGUGCUUUCAUUGUCAACACAGCGCGGGGAGCUAUCAUCGACGAACAGGCUCUUAUCGAGGCCCUGGAAAGUGGAAAAGUCACACGUGCUGGACUGGAUGUCUUUUUGAACGAGCCUGAUCUGAACGAUUACUUCAGGACAAGUGAGAAGGUCGUUGUUCAGCCUCAUGCUGGUGGUCUGACGGAUGUAGCGUUUCAAAGAGGGGAACGAGAGGCUUUUGAGAAUAUCAAGGCUUUUUUCAAGACCGGAUCGCCUAUAACGCCUGUCAAUAAUCUAAAGAAGUAGGCGUAACGAGAUGAAAUACGACACAUAACUCCCAAGUUCUUUUACACCAGUGUAUCAUAUAAUAGUCAUUAUGGAGUACUGCUAAAUUCUGUCGUGAUUGGAAAGCCCCAGGAAGCUGGAAGUUCGUGAUACCUGAG